AUGAACGAUGAUAAUGAAAGAAUAGACAGUGAAAUUCUAGAAAAACAAUAUGAAAUAAUAAAAUGUGCAAAAUAUCAAGAUUUCAUCAGGAUGCAGAUAUUAAUACAACCAUAUAUUUUAAAUAAUGAUAUUGAAAUGUUAAAUGCUAUAAAUAUUUUACAUUGGUCUUGUUACUGUGGGUUCAUAGAAUUAGUGAAAAAAUUAAUUGAUUUAAAUUGUGAUAUAGAAAAAGAAGAUUUAGUAAAUAGUGACACAGCUAUUUAUUAUGCAAUUAAAAAUAGUAAUUAUGAGAUUGUUUUACUAUUAAUAAAAAAAUUUGGUAUAUCUAUUUUAUUUCAUAAAAAUAGAAGAAAAAUGAGUCCUUUUUUAACUGCUAUUAGUGAAUUUAAUGAAGAUAAAAUAUUAGAAACAUUACAUAUUUUAGAAUUGUUAUAUAUGAAUGGAGUUAGUUUAGAAGAACAAAAUGAACAUGGCCAAACUGCGUUAUUUUUAAGUGUAAAAAAAAAUAACAUAAGUACAUUGCAAUGGUUAUUAAGUAAAAAUGUAAAUAUCAAUCAUCGAGAUUUUUAUGGAAACACUAUUUUACAUAUAGCUGUUCGGUAUAGUGAUAUAGAUAUUAUUAGAUUGUUGUGUGAUUACGGUUGUUUAAAUUUAGUAUACUAUUCUUCUAUUGAAAAUAAAAAUACCAAUGUAUUUCAACUAUGUAUUAAAAAUAGAUAUUUUUUAGUAUAUAUACUGCUAAAAAAAUGGAUACUGCAGAAUAAAAUUUGUAAAAAUUUAAAAAUAUGUAAAACCAUUUAUGCUUUUUACUUUUGGUUUUUUGCUUUGUUAAAUUUAAUUAUAUAUUUUAAUAUAGCAUACUCUUUUUCAUUAAUAAAUAAAUAUCAAUCCAAAUCUAUUAUUUGGAUAUCUUUAUGGAUUUUUCAACAAUUUUUAUGGUUACUUUUAUAUUUUAAAAGUCCAGGUUUUUAUAAAAAAAAUAAUAUGUUUACUAAAAAUAGGAAAUAUACCAAUUACAUUUAUGAUGGAUUAUUUAAAAGAAAGGCAGAAUAUCAUUUAAAUAAUAUUGAAAAAGAAAUAUUUCAAAUAAAUAAAAAAAUUAUUUCAUCAAAUAUUAAUUCUUCUAAAAUGUUAAAUUUUAAUGAUUCUUUAUUUAAUAAAUAUAAUGAUUUAUUACUUAACUUAGAAUAUCAAAAAUUAUCACUAUAUUCUCAUGUUUCACAAGAAAGAAUUAAUUCUUUAGAUAUCAAUUAUAGAAAUGCUAUACUAAAUAAUCAAAAUCCUAGGAACGUUUGUGUUACUUGUAAUAUCAUUAAACCUGCUAGAGUACAUCACUGUGCUGAAUGCUUGCAUUGUGUAAUACAUCAAGAUCAUCACUGUGUUUGGGUUGAUAACUGCAUAGGAAUAAAAAAUCAGCGUUGCUUCUAUAUAUUCAUAUUAUGCGUCUUUAUAUUACUACUAUAUAAUUAUUAUUAUGUUUUUAUAUAUUUUUAUAUGUUUUCUAAAACUAUAAACUAUGUAUUUGGUUUGCUAGUUAUUUUAUGUAAUUUCAUUAAUUUUACAUUAUUUGCAUUCAUAACUUACUUAUUUGCACGCAAUACAAGGACUAUAUUAACAAAUAUAACCUUUUAUGAACAUUAUAAAAAGCCAAAUCACAUUACUGAAAAAUAUAAUACUGAUUUAAGAUGUUGGGAUUUUCAAAAUUUAAGUUUCAAAAAAAUUUUGAAAAAUAUAUAUUAUUUCUGGUCAUUAAAUUAUGAUGAAUCCUACUUAAGACAAUGGAAAAAAACAUCAAAUGAAGUUGGUUACACAUUAAUCUCAGAUGGUUAA